AAAAUCGAUUUGAACAGCCAUCCAACUAGGAAUUCCAACUCUUCCUAGAGCUCUGACUUUCCGAACUUAAAAUACAGACUUCAUUAUUUGACCUCGUAUUUUUCCGAGUUUCCGGGUGUUUUGAACCCUGCAUUAAUACCACAGAUAGAUAUUGAGCCAGAUAUUAAACCGGAUUUAUAAAUGUGAAGCAUCCGGUUGGCGUUUCCUCUCACUACCAAAUAUGUUAAUGCAAGGAAGCCCAGUGACCGGCAUGGUGAGAAGAUGGAGUGAGAUAUAUUUUGGCCAACAUUCUGCUAAUUUUCUAAUCGAUGAAACAUUUGAUCUCCAUAAAGUUUUAUGUUUCCGAAACUAUAAUCUAUAACAAACAGAGUGGACUGCGUCUUUGCCAAAGUAAAACAAAAAUGGGUUGUUUAUAGGUGCGAAUUCCCUUAUUGCACAGGCGCAUUCAUAGAAUGCGUUCCCUAACAAAAAUAUGCAAAUAAAUACUAGAACGUGAGAUUGAGAUCUCAAUAGCUAGUGCAUGGCUCUUCCCAUCUCCUUGCUUGUUCUACCCACCAUGAUUAAUUUCCUCCCAUUGGAAACGACAGCCUCUGGUCUAUCUUGGGUUAGUUAUAAAAAUCUUUGGUCUGACGUUCAUUCAUUACCCAAGGGUAACUAUCUCCUCCUUUCUCUAAUGUCUCUGUAGUGGAUCGCUGUGACCAUAGAAAUAAAACGGAUAGACAGGUCUGCUUGCAAAAGUGGGUCCUUCCUUACUCAACUCUGGGUGGGGUGACGGUUCUAUUAAUUUAUAUUCUGUAUCAAAGAAGCACAAGGUUUGAGGAUGAUGUGAUGAGACAACACCAACCAGGGCAGGUGAAAAUCGUAUUUAUACGGGCUGAUUAAACUCUAGCUAAUUUAUAAACAUAAAAAGGAAGGUCUUUUUUUUAAUUUUAUUUUUUAGAUCUGUAAGUGGUUUACCGUAGCCUUUUAAUUAAUUAAUUUUUUAAAUCAGUAAUGGCGACCGAGUGCACCCAAGAAGCGGUUGUUCAAUUUCUAAUCGAGCGAGGAGGGAGAGUGAAAAAUCAGAUAUUCAUUGACUAUUUCAAAGCUGUUUUCCCAGAAGACCCUGACCAGAAAGCAAUUGUUCGGGAGAAAUUCAAGGGAUACGUGGACAACGUCGCAUUUGUAAAGUUGGAGAAUGGAGUGAAAUGUGUAUGUUUAAAAAAGAAGUAUCGAGUUUCAUUGAAGUAUACAGUGGAAAAAGACAGCGAGUGCAAUGGUAACGGGACAGGCACCUUAUUGGAACAAGAGGACAGCGGUGCUGCUAUAUCAAAAUCAUAUAAGAACUUGAUAGAAGAUUGUGCACCACAACUGCAUCUGUCAGUAUCAUCUGCUGGGCAUGUGCACUCUUGGGAAAUCACUGCAAACGAAGAGGCACAAGACAUUUCACUUGGCUCAGGUUACGGAACUGACAAUGCCACGAGAGCGAGACCGCCUGACAUUUCUGGAAUUAUUUUGGAAGGUAAAAUUGUAGAAAGAGCUGCGUCAACAAGGUCUGUAGUUCAAAAUAAUAGUUUAUCAGACAAUAUGGGAAAUGCGUUAGGCAUUGGUGGUAAUGCAGAGCAGAAAUUGACCAAGGGGGACAUUCAUUGCAACCGCACGACAUUGCAACCGCAUGACAUACCGCAAAUUGCAGUGAUUGAGGCGUCACCUUUACCUACAUCCGCGGAUGGCUCUAUGUUCCCCUUACCCAUACGUCCAUUUCCAACUAAUGCACAGGACAGCCUGCUGUCCCGUCACCCUUCAACAGAGGACGGGGCAGACGAAAGCCAGUAUUAUGAUUUUCAACAGAGCAUAUCUGGGAGUGACAGCUACACACCUAAAAGUAGCCGUAAUAACUUUAUUGAGCUCAUGAUGAACAGCUCCCUCCAGGUGCGACGCAGCAUGGUGUUGAGGAACUCGGACUCCGCCUCUGUGGUUUCCUCUACUACAGACGAAGACGGUGCUUCAGUCACUCUGGACCCGUUGGAACACGAGUGGAUGAUGUGUGCAUCCGACGGCCAAUGGGAGAGUCUCCACCCUCUCCUUUCCUCUGAACCAAACCUUGUCAUGAAGAAGGAUUUUGUGACUGGGUUCACCUGCCUGCACUGGGCCGCAAAGCAGGGCAAACAAGAGCUGCUAGCGCUUCUCGUGAACUUUGCCAAACAACACACAGUGCCCAUCAACAUCAAUGCCCGAUCAAGUGCCGGCUACACGCCCCUACACCUAGCAGCAAUGCACAACCAAGUUGAGGUGGUGAAGUUACUGGUAGGUGCCUAUGACGCAGACUUAGAGGCCAGAGAUUAUAAUGGGAAAAGGGCGUGUCAGUAUCUUACAAACAGUGUGGCCGUUGAUAUCCGUGACAUCAUCGGGGCGGGUGUUGGCGGCGACUCGGACUCAGAGAACACAGACUAUGGGGAUGGGGGGCGUUGGAGGUUGUCUAAAGUUCUCCAGUCUAAUCUGAUGCCCCUCAAACUGCACAAUCACAGCGAGGAGGACACAGGUGAUGGAGUAGACCAGGCCAGACAGAAACCCUUGCUGAGGAAAUCGUCCUUUAGCAAGAUGAGGCCCAAACUCCAGAAGAUCCGCUUCAGAUCUUCGCAGAUAGUUCACAGCACUUCGUUCCCAGCACACUGUGAGACAGAGGAGCUUAACGGGUCCAGGAAAAGCUCAUUUAAAUCCAGACCCAUGUCAAAUCUGUUUGGCUGAGGAAUAGCCCCUAAAUUCACUCGACAAAGAGCAAAUCAACUACUACAGUGCAGAAUGACUGACACAAUGGGGUAUAGUUUGAUGUUACAAGUGUUUAUGUUUUUUUUUUGUGGCAUAGGCCAAGUCUGGUGUUACACAUACUUAAGGGUUUUCCUCUAGGCAUUAUAUGAAUAUACUGAACUAACAGAAUAUGGUAUUACAUGAUCUAUUGAGUAACUGGCCAGAUUGUCACCCCUGGUUAGGCUAAAAAAUGUAUGUGAUGUAUGUCUUAUCAUUCCGAAGUAGCCAAGUAGGUCUUAUUGUUCGUCUGCUUGAACCCUUAGCGUACAUGUAAAGCUGUCUGUAACCCACUGGGCAAAGAUGUCAUUUUAACAUCUAGUUUUGGUUGAGUUGAACUAAUUUGAAUUCAGUGUGAAAUCAACAAAAAAUGACACAAUGUCAUUGGAUUUAGGUUAAAAGUUGGGUGAUUUAAAAAGAUACGAUUAACUUACAUUGAUUACUUUUUUUCAAAGCCAAUCAGUUUCCCUCGUUGAUUUGAUGCCUUCAUAUUUACUUUUUUGUUGUUGGUUGAAAUGACUUGGGAACCAGGUUGACUCGACCUGUUUUUGCCUAGUGGGAAGUGUUUAAACGUCAAGUUAUUUCACCACAUGGUAGAAACAAUGUCAUUGAUUUCACAACGCUUGGGAACAAUUCUAUCUUAUUACUGUCAGACUGUUAUUCGUUUAUUCUCCCUUUUAUAUUUACGUUGCUUAAAGCACUUUGAUUUUAAACUGUUAUUGAUCCAGCUUUCCUGCGGUUGAUGCCAUUCAGUCCACCUGAAAGACUUUGAGAUGGGAAUUGACUUCCUCUUUGUGUUCAAGUGGACGAUUGGAGGCCAACGAAAAGGCCUCUGGUCUUUUACGUCUGUAAUCAGGGUCAGUAGAGGAGAUUUCUGUGUCACAAGGUACGCGGUUGUAGAGUGCAUGGUAGGCCGACUGUUUAUAGUGAUGAAAGAUCAGGUUUCAUUCCUAUUCAUGUUUAAAAAAGGUACAUUUUUUUGACCUGAUAGCUCCUUAUUUUGAGUUGUCUAAGGUUGCAGUCGUCUGGUAUCAAGUUGUAGGUUACCCUCUGUUCUGUUUUAUAUCAACAAGCUCAGGCUUGCCGACCCAGGAGAGCCUAGCUCAGCUGAGAGUGAGCAAGAGAGACUAGUGUACAUUUAGUGCCUUCAGAAAGUGUUCAUACUCCUUGACUUAUUCCACAUUUUGUUGCGUUACAGCCUGAAUUCAGAAUUGAUUAAAUAUAUGUGUUUCUG